AUGAAAGAUCUAACAUCGUUGUUUUCAGACUUGAAUGUGCUCUACAGCAACAAUAAACAUGCGGAAGUGGCCAAAACAUGCAAAAGAUUGAUUGAUGGAGGUGUAGAGGACAGAAAAGCGGUUUUGAGACAUUGGCUCAUUGCAUUGGUAAAAAGCGACCAGUACAAACAAUCGUGGGACCUUUUAACCCAAUAUAGUGCAGAAUUGAGUGAUGAAUUUUAUCUGGAGAGACUAUAUGUGCUUUAUAAACUUGGCUAUGCCAAAGAAUUCGAGAAACUGUACCAGGAGGUCAAAAGUGCUGUGCACGAAAAAAACCCACAGAACAGAGGACUUCUGCAUGUCCGUGCUCAAUUCUGCUUCAAGAACGGGAAAUACGACGAGGCAAUGGAGAUUUAUAGGGUCUUGGCCCAGAACAACGAACACCAGCUUGACAACGAGACCGAGUUGGCCUGUAACGAACGAGCAGCCAUGGCGUCUUCUAGCCUUGUCAAAGAGACCAAAACCUACACGGCGCUCCACGAAGACUCGUAUGACUUGCUUUUCAACGAAUCCCUGAUCGCUCUUGCUCAGGAUCUGCCACAAUUGAGUCUUGAGCAUCUCGAAAAAGCAUCUGCAAUGACAGCCCAAGAUGGCUUAGCCGAUGACAUAUUCGCUAUCGAACUUCAAAAAGCUUACGUCUUGCAUAGAAUAGGCGAGUUGCAAAAGUCAAAAGCGAUCCUUAAUGCUUUACUGGAGAAAAACAAGACUGGCUCCGUCAACUACUUGCUGGCCUUCAACAACCUUAAAUCGCUGCAAGAUAUUUCCAAGUACACUUCGAACAUCCCCUUAUUAUUGCGUGAGAUGAACGUCCGGGAAUUGAGCGGCAUCGUCGGUACUCUGGGCCUUGAACAACAGCAGCGCGUAGUCGGCAAUUUGCUAUUUCUGAAUCUUUUCAGCAACUCCAGCAUCCAAGCCAAGAAAUCCAUACUCUCCAAAACCCUGGCCAAAUACCAGAAAGUGGUGGAUAACGUCGUCUUGGAACCUUAUUACACCCAAGCCAAAAAGAUGUAUCACUUCGCAAUGUCCGCCAUCUCAUGUGGUGUCGACGGCAGUGUAGUAGGCCUUAUGCUGCUGGCCGUUCAACUACAGGUUGCCGAAAAACAGUACGAACGGGCGGUUCUGCUAUGCGAAACAUUUUUAAACAAGUGCUCUGCAGGUGUCGGAGCCUCAUACCGGAUUGUCUGCUACGUUUUGUUCGAGCUCUAUCAAAAAAGUGGCAGAGCAAACUCUGCAAGCAUUUUGCUCGAUAAGAUUUAUGAUUCGGUGAGUGACGAAAAUGUGGAAGAAGACCCUCAAUUCUGGAGGUUUGUGGCGUUUAAGUUGUUGGCACGGUCAUCCUCUGACAAGUCAAAUAAUAUCUUCAGUACACUGCAACGACUGUGUCCGGAUUUGUCUCUUAUUAGUCCUGGUGCGGAAGAGCACAUUCGCAUAAGCGAAGACUUGGACUCCCUCAUCAAUUCUAUUGACGUAGACCACACAAAGGAACAAGGAAUCUCUCCUUUUGAAGGCACUGGUAAGCACAAAGGCAACAGAGCCCUUGGCAAAGUUCUUAAGAAAAGAAGAGUUCACAAGAAUCGGAAACUGCCAAAAAAUUACGAUCCGGCAAAACAGCCCAACCCUGAGAGGUGGCUGCCUACCAAGGAUCGUUCAGACUUCAAACCCAACAAGAAAGUGACCGCCAAACAGACCCAAGGUGGCGGUGUGAGCCGCAAAGGAGAUCAAAGCCUAGAUAUUUCCAAGAAGUCCAAGGCCAAGAAAGGCAAAUGA